AUGUCUUCCAUUACGUUCAACGUAGUAUAUAACACUGUGACUAAGAAGGUGACGGUAACGAAGACCAAUACCAUUCAACAACUUAUCAAUGCUUCUUUAACCACAUUUAAGAUAAAUGAUAAAAAGUAUGAUGGGAAAUUAUACCAUAAUGACAAGGCAUUGGAUACGGCUUUACCCAUCCGAUUGACUUCAUUAUAUAAUAAUACUAAACUUGUAUUGAAAGUUACUAAAAUUGAAGCUGGAGAUUCACAAAAUGGCCUUGAGAAAUCUAUUGAUAUUAAUAUAAAAUUGAUUGCUAGUGUGGCCGGUGGACGUGGAGAAACCAAAUCAUUUAUACAUAAAGUAUCUAAUCAAGUCACAUUAUCUCAAUUAUUAACACUGUUUGAAGAAAAGUAUCCUGGUGAAGUCUUGGGACAAUCAGGAGCACAAUUGCAAUUAUCCAUAUUGAAUUUAAAUUAUGAAUCCGACCAAUUUGAUGCAGUUAAGUUAUCUUCAGUAGUAGGCUCAAAUGUAACAAGUUUAGUGAUUCGAUUAAGUUAUGGUAAUGGUAGUGAAGAUAAGAAGCGUAAGAAUGAGGAACAACAAGAAAUAAUUCGUUUACAAUUGCAACAGCAAGCUGAAAGAAAUAGAAAAGCUAAAGAGCAAGAAGAAUUAGAGCGUGAGCAAGCAAGGAAGGAAUUGAAGAGACAACAGGCUGAAGAUGAAUUGAAGAGGCAACAAACUCAAGAAGAACUGAGUAUACAAGAACAGCAAUCACAUAUAGUUGAUCAGGAUAUCGAUUACCAACCAGUAGUCUCCAAAUCCAACGUAGCCAAAACCGUAGUUGAGGAUGACAAUGGAUACGUUUUCAACCAACCAGAAGUCAAAGAAACUCCACUAUUGUAUGUGCCCAACGAUCGAACUGCUACAUAUGAUAAUCCAGAAGAGGAUUAUGAGAUGACUGUUAAUCAAGCCAUGACAUACCAAAAGAUAAUUCAGAAGUCAGCUAUUAGAAAGAAACCACUAGAACGGAAAAGACCUACCAAAUAUUUAAUUCGGGUUCGAUUCCCAGACCGUAAUAUUCUUCAAUUGAAUUUUAUAAAUGAUGUAGAAUCCCUCAAAUAUGGUCAAUUGGUUCAUAAGAUUGAUGAAUUAUUACAUAUUGAGUAUAUUAAUAAAGCAUAUAAUUUGAAAUUGAGUUAUCCACCAUUUCUGAAGAUUGAUAUUAAUUUUUCCAAUAAUAAUUUGAAAUUGGUUGAUAUGAAAGAGUUUCAAAGUGAACAGAUCAGUUUAAUAUGGGAAUUGGUCGAUGGUAAUGGUAAUGGUAAUGGACCAUAUAUUGAUCAAGGUAAGAUUGGUGAAAUUAAGCAUUCUGAUGAGUUACCGGAAGUUAUGUUAGAAAAUCAUAGAAAAGAGUUACCAGGUGAUAUCAGUACUAGAACUAAUAAAUCUAAUGAAACAAGUAAUAGUAAUAGUAAUAGUAAUACUGAUGAAAAAGAUGGUAAUAGUAGUAGUCGUAAGACUCCUAAAUGGUUAAAAUUUAAGUAG